GUCCGUCUCACCCAUGAAAUUAAACACAAGAAUAUUGUAACUUUUCACGAAUGGUAUGAAACCAGCAAUCAUCUCUGGAUGGUGGUGGAACUCUGCACAGGUGGUUCCUUAGAAACAGUUAUUGCUCAAGAUGAAAACCUCCCAGAAGAUGUUGUAAGAGACUUUGGGAUUGACCUGAUUACUGGAUUAUAUCAUCUUCAUAAACUUGGCAUUCUCUUUUGUGACAUUUCUCCUGGGAAGAUACUCUUGGAAGGGCCUGGCACUUUGAAGUUUAGCAAUUUUUGCUUGGCGAAAGUGGAAGGUGAAAAUUUGGAAGAGUUCUUUGCCUUGGUGGCAGCAGAAGAAGGAGGAGGUGACAGUGGGGAAAAUAUGCUGAAGAAAAGCAUGAAAAAUAGAGUCAAAGGAUCUCCUAUCUAUACAGCACCAGAGGUUAUGAGGGGUACUGACUUCUCUGUCACCAGUGAUCUCUGGUCUUUGGGCUGCCUGCUUUAUGAAAUGUUUUCAGGAAAACCUCCAUUCUUCUCAGAAAGUGUUUCAGAAUUAAUUGAAAAGAUUUUAUAUGAAGAUCCUUUACCACCUAUUCCAAAAGAUUCUUCACUUCCUAAAGCAUCUUCAGACUUUAUUAAUUUGCUUAAUGGGUUACUUCAAAAAGACCCUCAGAAAAGAUUAACUUGGACAGGACUACUGCAGCAUUCAUUUUGGAAGAAUGCUUUCACUAGAGAAGACCAGGAAUCCAACAUGGAGGGUUUCAGCUUCAGGUAAAAUGUGAUGGAGUGUUCAGAACCACAAGAUUCCAAGGAGUUUUUGCAGAGCCCUCAGAAUGGACAAGCGAAGGGGCAGAAGGGUAGCCAACGGCUAAGCCAAUCUUUCAGACUUGAAAAUCCAACUGAGUUGCGGCCGAAGAAUACUGUUGGGGGUCAAUUGAAUGAAUCCAUAUUUCUUCUUAGUUCUCGUCCUACUCCAAGAACUAGCACUGCAGUGGGAUUGAGUCCUGGUGAGGAUAUGACUCACAACUCACCCCAGAAGUCCUCUCCUUUGACCAAGGUGACAAAUGGACACCUGAGCCAGGAGGCCCUGGAAUCCCAGAUGAGAGCACUAAUCUACACAGACUCAGAUCUUAUUGUCACCUCAAUUAUCGACAAUCCCAAGAUUUUGAAGCAACCGCCAGUUAAAUUUGAUCCAAAAAUAUUGCAUCUACCAGCACAUUCAGUUGACAAGUUGUUAUUUCUGAAAGACCAAGAUUGGAAUGACUUUUUGCAACAAGUGUGCUCACAGAUUGACUCCACUGAGAAGAGCACAGCGGCCUCCCGAGCUAAGCUGAAUCUCCUCUGCUAUUUAUGCGUGGUGGCUGGUCACAAGGAGGUAGCCACCAGGCUACUCCAUUCUCCCCUGUUCCAGUUGCUAAUCCAGCAUUUGCGAAUAGCUCCAAAUUGGGAUAUACGGGCCAAAGUUGCUCGGGUAAUUGGUUUGCUGGCUUCGCACACAACUGAGCUCCAGGAAAAUACACCCAUUACUGAGGCAAUUGCUCUCUUAACUGAAUUAAUUAGGGAGAACUUCAGGAACAGCAAAUUAAAACAGUGCCUUUUACCGACCCUUGGGGAGCUGAUCUAUCUUGUAGCCACCCAGGAAGAAAAAAAAAAGAACCCCAGAGAAUGCUGGGCCGUUCCCUUGGCUGCUUACACGGUGCUAAUGAGGUGCCUUCGGGAAGGGGAAGAACGUGUUGUGAAUCACAUGGCUGCAAAGAUUAUUGAGAAUGUCUGCACAACUUUUUCAGCUCAGGCGCAGGGCUUCAUUACAGGAGAAGUUGGACCUGUUUUAUGGUACCUAUUCAGACAUUCCACCGUUGAUUCUCUUAGGAUAACAGCAAUUUCGGCCUUGUGUAGAAUCACUCGCCAGUCUCCUACUGCUUUCCAGAAUGUUAUUGAGAAGGUGGGACUAAACUCCAUAAUAAAUUCCCUGGCCUCUGCCAUCUGCAAAGUUCAGCAGUACCUGUUGACCUUAUUCACUGCCAUGUUGUCCUGUGGGAUUCAUCUUCAAAGACUAAUCCAAGAAAAGGAUUUUGUCUCCACAAUUAUCCGUCUACUUGACAGCCCCUCAACUUCCAUUAGAGCCAAAGCCUUCCUGGUGCUUUUGUAUAUUGUGAUGCAUAAUCGUGAGAUGUUGCUGCUCAGCUGCCAAGCAAGGCUGGUGAUGUACAUCGAGAGGGACAGCAGAAAGACCACUCCAGGCAAGGAGCAGCAAGGCAGUGGUGAAUACCUCUCUAGAUGCCUGGAUCUUCUCAUCCGUCACAUCGUGCAGGAACUGCCAACAAUCCUCUGUGACAUUCUCAACGCCUUGGCUAAUGUCUCUGGUCGUAAACACCCAUCCACAGUUCAAGCAAAACAGCUGAAGAUGUGCCUCCCCCUGAUGCCUGUAGUACUUCACCUCGUCACUUCUCAGGUAUUUCGACCUCAAGUUGUAACAGAAGAGUUUCUUUUCAGUUAUGGAACUAUUCUUAGUCAUAUUAAAUCAAUCGACUCGGGAGAAACUAACAUAGAUGGAGCCAUAGGGCUGACAGCAUCAGAAGAAUUUAUCAAGGUCACGUUGUCGGCUUUUGAAGCAAUAAUUCAAUAUCCUGUUUUGUUGAAAGAUUAUCGUUCUACGGUUGUUGAUUAUAUCCUGCCACCCUUGGUCUCCUUGGUUCAAAGUCAAAAUGUGGAGUGGAGACUCUUCAGCUUGCGGUUGCUGUCAGAAACCACAUCUCUACUUGUGAACCAGGAGGAUGGGAAUGGCGAGGAGGAAGUAAACAUUGAUUCUGAAGGCAAUCUUCUGGCUCUUGUGAGAGACGUCUUACUUCCCCAGUAUGAGCACAUCCUCAUGGAGCCAGACCCAGUACCAGCGUAUGCUCUCAAACUGCUGGUCGCGAUGACUGAACACAACCCGACUUUUACCAGACUUGUGGAAGAAAGCAAACUGAUCCCACUCAUUUUUGAAGUAAUUCUGGAACAUCAGGAGAGCAUUCUGGGUAAUACCAUGCAAAGUGUGAUUGCCCUACUCAGCAAUCUGGUUGCCUGCAAAGAUUCCAAUAUGAAGCUACUUUAUGAACAAGGACUUGUCAGUCACGUCUGUAAUCUAUUCACUGAAACUGCCACACUGUGCUUGGAUGCGGACAAUAAAAACAACAAUGAGAUGGCAGCCACACUGCUAUUUUCCCUGCUUGAUAUUUUGCAUGGCAUACUGACGUAUACAUCCAGCGUUGUACGCCUGGCUUUGCAGGCCCAGAAGUCUGGUUUAGGAGGGGACACUCAGGCUGCCGAAGACCUGCUAGUGCUCUGCAAACCACUGACAGACCUCAUUAGCCUGCUUAUUCCACUGCUUCCUAGUGAGGAUCCUGAAAUUUUUGAGGUUUCAUCCAAGUGUCUGUCUAUACUGGUUCAGCUGUAUGGAGGGGAAAACCCAGACAGCCUGUCCCCUGAAAAUGUGGAAUGUUUUGCUGAUUUGCUGAUGUCCAGGGAGGAUCCAAAGGAGCAGAAGCUUCUGCUGAGGAUUCUCAGAAGGAUGAUCACCUCCAAUGAGAAGCACCUAGAAAGCCUCAAGAAUGCUGGCAGCCUUCUGCAGGCUCUGGAGCAACUGGCUCCAGGUGAUAGUUUAUCUGUUGACAGUGUGGUGGCUUCCUUGGCCCUGGAAAUCCUCCAAGCCGUGGGCAUGAAGCAGGAAGGCACCUAGCGCAGGCCCACUCUGCAACACCAAGCCUUGGCUGCGUGGGUAAGGUCCUCUCCCAGACAUUUGCUGCAUCACCAGCCACAGCUGGGCCUGGACCCAAUAAAAGUCAGCUGAACCCAGAA